AUGAAAAGUGCUUUUGUAAUGUCUACAACAACUUUAUCAACUGUUCUUAUUACAUCAUUAAAAUUAAUACAAACAGAUAUAUUUCGUAUUGGUGGUCCAAUUUUAAUCUUUUUUGGUACAAGUAGUUGUUUAUUCAGUUAUAUCAUAUUUAGACAAAAGAAUUUACGUAAAAAUCCUUGUACAAUAUAUUUUUUGUCAUUUAAUUUAUCUAAUUUAUUACUUAUAUAUUCAUCAUUAUUGCCUGUAAUGCUUGAAAUAGGCUAUAAUAUUAAGCCAAAUUCAUACAGUCUUAUUCAAUGUCGUUUUCGUCUCUAUGCACUGACACUAUUCGAUUGUUUAAGUUCAUUAUAUUUGAUUCUAGCUUCAAUCGAUCGUAUGUGUGUAACUUCACCAAAUGCUUUUGUACGAAGUCGAAGUAAUAAUUAUUUUGCUUACAAAUCUAUUAUAAUUGGUACAUUAUUUUGUAUGAUAUUUAGUAGUCAUGCAUUAAUUUUUCAAGAAAUUGUACCAAGUACAGCAAAUGAUAUUGUUUGUAAUUUUAAACCAGGUAUUUAUAUGAUAUUCCUAGCUUACUAUUCAUUAAUAAAAGGAAUUUUGAUGCCUUUUCUUAUGAUACUGUUUGGAUUAUUGGCUAUGAAAAAUAUUCGACGUUUACGUCGUAUUCAUGUUUCUACUGAGGGAAGAAGUCAUUCAUAUGGUCCAUCAACGAAAGAUAGAAAACUUAUUCUUUUAGUACUCAUGAAUAUUAUUGUAUAUGUUCUAUUUGAUUCAAUGAUGACAAUAUAUCUUAUGUACGAGCAAAUUACACAAUAUUAUAUAAAGAAUGAUUUACAAAAACAAAUGGAUACUCUCUGGGGAUCAAUUGCUACAUUUGGUCUUUAUAGUCGAUUUUGUAUUUGUGGUUAUAUUAAUUUAUUCGUUUCAAGAAUUGUUUGUCAACAAAUAAAAAAAAUAUUUUUAUGGGGAAGAAUUUUUUUUAAAAUUUAA